AUGCGGGACUCCCGGGAACUGGGAGCGUGUGAGGGGCACCCGGCGGCCCGGUACCGGGUGCUUGUGAGGGGGAUCCAGCGGCCGGAACCGGGAGCGUGUGAGGGGCACCUGGCGGGACCCCGGAAACUCCACAGUCUAUGUGGACAGUGUGUGGUUACUGAGCCGCCUCUUGUCUCUCUGCCCCGUCCAGGCGAGACCCCGGCGCACAUCGGCGGCACCACCCUGUUCGGGGAUAACGUGGAGGAUGAGUGGUUUAUUGUGUACCUGGUCCGGGAGAUCACCAGGGAGUUCCCGGGGCUGGCAGCCAGGAUUGAUGACAAUGAUGGAGAGUUUCUCUUGAUAGAAGCAGCUGAUUUUCUCCCCAAAUGGCUGAAUCCUGAGAACAGUGAAAACAGGGUGUUCUUUUACAAAGGAGAGCUGCACAUCAUUCCACUGUUGGAGACUUCAGAGCAGGACUGGGACCUCCCUGCUCCCUGCCCCACCAUCCCACAGGCGUUGGCAUUGUUAUCCACCCGCUCUGAGGAGUUCCUGGCUGCAGAGCCCAUCAGAGCUGCGCUGUAUAAACGCAUCGAGGGCUAUCCCGAGAAGAUCCAGGCCUCUCUGCACCGAGCCCACUGCUUCCUCCCGGCCGGAAUCGUGGCCGUGCUGAGGCAGCGCCCGUCCCUGGUGGCUGCGGCCGUCCAGGCCUUCUACCUGCGGGAUCCGGGCGAUUUACGGGCCUGCCGGCGCCCUUUCAGAACCUUCCCUGCCGACCAGCGAGUGAUGACCCUGGUGACUUUCACUCGGUGUUUGUACGCACAGCUGGUGCAGCAGAAGUUUGUUCCAGACAGACGCAGUGGGUACACCCUGCCCACCCCAUCUCAUCCUCAGUACAGAGCCUACGAGCUGGGCAUGAAACUGGCUCAUGGCUUUGAAAUUUUGUGCUCCAAGAGCAGUAAAGUAGCUCCUGAUGCCAAGAGAAAUGUGUUAAGUGGUCCUCUGUGGGAGAGGUUCCUCAGGAGCUUGAAGGAAAAGGAUUAUUUCAAGGUGAGGCAGUGUGUCCGUGGCUUUUAAACAUUCCAGGGAAAAUAUAUUUUAGCUCUUGAACUUGUGUAAGGACUUGCAGCAGGGUAAGAACUUGAAUCCUUAUCUCUGUGUAAAAUGAAUUAGUGUCUUUAAAGGGGGCAUGUGCAGUUUGUUCCC